CACAACAUGGCUGAUGGCUUUCCUUCUUUUUCGCCAGGGCUUCCAACUGGCUUCAGCAAACGUUCGGUUGUAAAUCGAUGUAAAAAUGUCAGGAAGCAACGACGUCUUGGGCCUCAAGGAGGAUGAUACAACUAAAUUAUUGGCUGCUGGUGCUCACUUAGCCAGCGACAAUGUUAAUUAUCAAAUGGACCAGUACGUUUUCAAACGUCGUCCUGACGGUAUCGCUGUCAUAAAUUUACGGCGCACAUGGGAGAAGCUUUUGUUGGCUGCCCGUGCCAUCGUCUCGAUUGAACACCCUAGCGAAGUGUUCGUUAUCAGCUCACGUUCCUUUGGUCAACGUGCUGUUUUGAAAUUCGCAGCUCACACUGGAGCAACACCUAUUGCUGGUCGUUUCACUCCUGGUGCAUUCACCAAUCAGAUUCAGGCUGCUUUCCGCGAGCCGAGAUUAUUGAUCGUCACUGACCCAGCAGCUGAUCACCAGCCAAUUACCGAAGCUAGCUAUGUUAAUAUUCCUGUCAUUGCUUUUUGUAAUACCGACUCUCCACUUCGGUUUGUCGAUAUUGCGAUCCCCUGCAACAACAAAAGCAUAAACAGCAUCGGGUUAAUGUGGUGGCUGUUGGCACGUGAAGUGCUCCGACUUCGAGGAUCAAUCCCACGUGAUGUCAAGUGGGACGUUGUGGUAGAUCUUUUCUUCUGGAGAGACCCUGAAGAGGCAGAGAAAGAGGAACAGGCGGCGAAAGAAAUCGCACCAGCCCCCGUGAAAGAAUUCACCCAACCGGAAUCAACCGCUGACCAAGGAUGGGGAAAUGAAGUAGACGCCGUGGCACCAGCCACUGAAAACUGGGCUGACGAUGUUGCUGGAGCACCAGCAGCUGUACAGGUACCAGCUGGAAACGUUCAGACAUUCGCUUCGUCUGGUGACUGGGCAACUCAAGUCCAAGACGAGUGGUCCGCAAGUGCCACCACCCAACCACAAGCUCCACAACAAAACUGGGGUGGAUCUGCUGCCGACAAGUGGACAUAAAUGAAUUUUAAAACAUCUCAUUAAGACCUUGGUUACACUUUGUACAUUUUUACUGUAAUAAAGUGUGUUGACAGAA